CCUCAAGCCUUUCAUGACAGCGAAGGGACACCUGCAUGAAUUCGGCACCAAGCUGCCCCCCUUUGAGUCUGAAAGUGGAGGAUCUUGAUCAGAACGACAGCAGUGAUCCGUGUUCACCAGCAAAGCUGAGUGCACAAUACGGAGUGGUGGUCCAGACCGCUGCGCAAUCGCUGCGACAUGUGUGGCGGACCGCUUCACGCCAUCACGCGCCACGGAGAUACCGGGCAUAUGCAAGGCUCCUGUCCAGCAUGCUUGAGAUUGAGUGCAUUGCGGUCUUCAGUGGCUGCUUUCCAGGUGGUUGGCAUCAAGAAACCGAGAGCUCCGGGCGUGCCUGUGGCUUUUUCCGCGCUGAAGUCAAUGCCGUACUGGAGCUGGACCACGAAACUGAAGCUGACAGUGCCUACAAACAGUUGGGCCUUCCAAGCGUUGAUGUGGAGAAGCUGGCCAGACACCCCUGCUACACAGCAAGUCCACAGGUGCGAUCCAUCGACAUCAUGGAGCAUCUGACCUUGAGGAGCAUGGCUGUGGCCCUUGGUAGCAAUAUGUUCCAGGGUACCGACAGCCAAGUGGUGCCUUUGUGGGUGCCGGCCUUUGGCGCGCAUCCAGCUCACAGUCCUAGCUGUGAUGACUCUGAACUUCUUUGGUGGUACAACGCGCCUGCCCUGCCUCGACUACCGAGUCUUUUGCAGAAAGGCUGGGCUAUAAACCUUGGUGCUGGCGACGGGUCUUGUGGCUACGACCUGGCGCGUGAGGAUGGCCGUGACAAGGACCUUUACAAGGCGGAUGAUCCUGCCAAUUGCCUCCUUCAAGAAGGAUUUGCCGGAAUUAUGUUUGAGGGUGCAGAAACGAAACUUGCCAAAUUGAAAGAGGAGUUUGAGAGAAGACCUGACGUUGUUCUAGUGCUCGGGCAUACAGAUCCUGAUGAGGUUGUUGCGCAUGUUGCAGCCUUUCGUCACAGACUCCCACCGGUAGAAGCAGAGCUGUUGAAGGUGGACUUCGACAACUGCGACUGUUGCUUUGUGGAAGCCUUGCUCCAGAGUGGAAUUCGUCCGCGACACUUGCAUGUGGAGGUGAGUUGCUUCAUUCCUCCACCCUUGGUCUUUCGACCGACUUCCUUUGAUGAAUCCAUAGGAGACUCAAUGUUGGAACUCGGUGUGGAGUAUGGACUCAGAGGACACAUGAUGCACUGUUCUUUGUCGGCGUAUGCCGAACUCUUGGAACCCUUCGGGUACAAGCUGGUUUUAACCUCAAAUGCUGAGACUCGUGAAUAUUUGAACACGGAUCUGCGAGCGCUGUGAGGUUGUGAGUGUAAGGGGUUCCUGGUGGGAAGACGACGUAGGUGUGAUAUGAGAUAUUCAUGGGCUUUCUGGGCAACAUACACACCAUGAUUCAUGGGUGGCAGAAGCAGCUGAUUGCGGCAGAAGCUCAGAUACAUCAUCAUCAGAGGGCUCGUGUUGAGCUUGCAACUCGUAAGGUGCGGCUCUUCUUGCAUGAUGCCCUCUUCGCUCGGCAUGAAAUGAUCUCCGACCAAGAUGCGACCCUUUGGCGAGAGAUCCGAGAUCUGGAAGCAGCCUGGUCGUGGCCUUGGUGAUCUUCGUGUGGUACCUGCAAGUUUCAGCGAGUUGCAAUGGCUUUCCAAGUUCCAACAUCAUCGAGGCAAGACCUCAGAAGCUGUAGGAAAAGCCACAGCGUUUCAGCAGCAGACUGAUCGCCUGAAUGUAUCAUUUGGCUCCACACAUUCCCAGACUGAUCAUGUGGGAUCGAACAGAUCUCGCCCCCAGGUUGUGAAGACGUUUUGAUAUCAAAGAGG